GGCCCCGGGUCGGUCCCGGACAGUCUGGCGGGCGGGCGCUGACGCCGCGGGGCCGGAGCGGCGGCGCGGGAGCUCGCGGACGCAGCAGCGGCGCCGGCGGUCCCCGUCGCGGCUCCGUGGGUCUCCGAGCCGCCCCCGGCCCGGCCAUGGCGGGCGCCAGGCCCGGCGUCCACGCGCUGCAGCUGGAGCCGCCCACCGUGGUGGACACCCUGCGGCGCGGGAGUAAGUUCAUCAAGUGGGACGAGGAGGCCUCCAGUCGGAACCUGGUGACCCUUCGUGUGGACAGCAAUGGCUUCUUCCUGUACUGGACAGGGCCCAACAUGGAGGUGGACACGCUGGACAUCAGCUCCAUCAGGGACACGCGCACAGGACGCUACGCCCGCCUGCCCAAGGACCCCAAGAUUCGGGAGGUGCUGGGCUUUGGGGGCCCUGACGCCCGGCUCGAGGAGAAGCUGAUGACCGUGGUGGCCGGGCCUGACCCGGUGAACACCACGUUCCUGAACUUCAUGGCCGUGCAGGAAGACACCGCCAAGGUCUGGACUGAGGAGCUCUUCAAGCUGGCGAUGAACAUCCUGGCCCAGAACGCCUCCCGGAACACCUUCCUGCGCAAGGCAUACACAAAGUUGAAGCUGCAAGUGAACCAGGACGGGCGGAUUCCGGUCAAGAACAUUCUGAAGAUGUUCUCAGCAGACAAGAAGCGUGUGGAGACGGCGCUGGAGUCCUGUGGCCUCAAAUUCAACCGGAGCGAGUCCAUUCGGCCAGACGAGUUUUCCCUGGAGAUCUUCGAGCGGUUCCUGAACAAGCUGUGCCUGAGGCCAGACAUAGACAAGAUCCUGUUGGAGAUAGGGGCCAAGGGCAAGCCGUACCUGACGCUGGAGCAGCUGAUGGAUUUCAUCAACCAGAAGCAGCGGGACCCGAGGCUCAACGAGGUGCUGUACCCGCCGCUGCGGCCCUCGCAGGCCCGGCUGCUCAUCGAGAAGUACGAGCCCAACCAGCAGUUCCUGGAGCGGGACCAGAUGUCCAUGGAGGGCUUCAGCCGCUACCUGGCAGGGGAGGAGAACGGCAUCCUGCCCCUGGAGGCGCUGGACCUGAGCGCCGACAUGACCCAGCCGCUGAGCGCCUACUUCAUCAACUCCUCGCACAACACCUACCUCACGGCGGGGCAGCUGACCGGGACGUCGUCGGUGGAGAUGUACCGGCAGGCGCUGCUGUGGGGCUGCCGCUGCGUAGAGCUGGACGUGUGGAAGGGGCGGCCGCCCGAGGACGAGCCCUUCAUCACCCACGGCUUCACCAUGACCACCGAGGUGCCCCUGCGGGACGUGCUGGAGGCCAUCGCCGAGACGGCUUUCAAGACCUCGCCCUACCCCGUCAUCCUGUCCUUCGAGAACCACGUGGACUCGGCCAAGCAGCAGGCUAAGAUGGCCGAGUACUGCCGCUCCAUCUUCGGGGACGCCCUGCUCAUCGACCCGCUGGACAAGUACCCGCUGGCCCCGGGCGUGCCCCUGCCCAGCCCCCAGGACCUGAUGGGCCGCAUCCUGGUGAAGAACAAGAAACGGCACCAGCCCAGCAGCGGCGUCCCCGGAAGCUCCGUGCGCAAACGGCCGCUGGAACAGAGCAACUCGGCCCUGAGCGAGAGCUCCGCCGCCACCGAGCCCUCCUCGCCCCAGCUCGGGUCUCCCAGCUCCGACAGCUGCACAGGCCUGAGCAACGGCGAGGAGGCCGCCCUGGAGAAGCCCAGCCUGGAGCUGCGGAAGUCUCUGGGCGAGGACGGGCCAGCGCCGGGCCCCGAAGCUCCCGGACCCAAUGACCGGGAGGAUGAGGAGGAAGAUGAGGAAGAGGACGAGCAGACGGACCUCAAAAAGCCAACCACAGAUGAGGGCACCGCCAGCAGCGAGGUCAAUGCCACAGAAGAGAUGUCCACGCUGGUCAACUACGUCGAGCCCGUCAAGUUCAAGUCCUUCGAGGCUGCUCGGAAGAGGAACAAGUGCUUCGAGAUGUCGUCCUUCGUGGAGACCAAGGCCAUGGAGCAGCUGACCAAGAGCCCCAUGGAGUUUGUGGAAUACAACAAGCAGCAGCUGAGCCGCAUCUACCCCAAGGGCACCCGCGUGGACUCCUCCAACUACAUGCCGCAGCUCUUCUGGAACGUGGGCUGCCAGCUGGUGGCACUCAACUUCCAGACUCUGGAUGUGCCAAUGCAGCUCAACGCCGGCGUGUUCGAGUACAACGGGCGCAGCGGCUACCUGCUGAAGCCCGAGUUCAUGCGGCGGCCCGACAAGUCCUUCGACCCCUUCACUGAGGUCAUCGUGGAUGGCAUCGUGGCCAAUGCCUUGCGGGUCAAGGUGAUUUCGGGGCAGUUCCUGUCCGACCGCAAGGUGGGCAUCUACGUGGAGGUGGACAUGUUCGGGCUCCCCGUGGACACCCGGCGCAAGUACCGUACCCGGACCUCCCAGGGCAACUCCUUCAACCCUGUGUGGGACGAGGAGCCCUUCGACUUCCCCAAGGUGGUAUUGCCCACGCUGGCCUCACUGCGCAUUGCGGCCUUUGAGGAGGGCGGCCGGUUUGUCGGGCACCGCAUCCUGCCCGUGUCUGCCAUCCGCUCAGGGUACCACUACAUCUGCCUGCGGAACGAGGCCAACCAGCCGCUCUGCCUGCCCGCCCUGCUCAUCUACACCGAAGCCUCCGACUACAUCCCCGACGACCACCAGGACUACGCCGAGGCCUUGAUCAACCCCAUCAAGCACGUGAGCCUGAUGGACCAGAGGGCCACGAAACUGGCCGCCCUCAUCGGGGAGUGUGAGGCCCAGGCUGGUCCCGAUACCUGCCAGGAGACCCAGUGUCCGCAGCCUGGGGCCCAGCUGGCUGCCAACCCCACACACAGCCCCCUGGAGUCCUCCCCGCGCUGGCCCCCGGGCCCUGCCACCUCCCCCACCAGCCCGUCCCUCAGCAGCCCAGGGCAGCGAGAUGACCUCAUCGCCAGCAUCCUCUCAGAGGUGGCCCCGGUCCCGCUGGAUGAGCUCCGUGGCCACAAGAGUCUGGUGAAACUGCGGAGCCGGCAGGAGCGAGACCUGCGGGAGCUGCUGAAGAAGCACCAGCGGAAGGCGGUGGCGCUCACGCGGCGGCUGCUAGAUGGCCUGGCCCAGGCCCGGCCCCGGGGGAGCGGACCAGGGGGCGAGUCGGAGAAGGGGGAGGAGGAAGAGAUGAAGCGGUACCAGGAGUUCCAGAGGAAACAGGUUCAGAGCCUCCUGGAGCUGCGCGAGGCGCAGGCGGACACGGAGGCCGAGCGGAGGCAGGAGCACCUGAGACAGGCGCAGCAGCGGCUCCGGGAGAUCGUCUGUGACGCGCACCUCACCCAGCUCAAGAAGCUCAAGGAGACCAACGACAGGGAGAAGAAGGAACUGCAGAAGAUUCUGGAUAGGAAACGCCACAACAGCAUCUCCGAGGCCAAGAAUAGGGAGAAGAACAAGAAGGAGGCGGAGUUGACCGAGAUCAACCGCCGACACAUCACCGAGUCGGUCAACUCCAUCCGCAGGCUGGAGGAGGCCCAGAAGCAGCGUCACGAGCGACUCCUGUCCGGCCAGCAGCAAGUGCUCCAGCAGCUAACAGAGGAGGAGCCCAAGCUGCAGGCCCAGCUGGCCCAGGAGUGCCAGGAGCUUCGGGCACGGCUGCCCCAGGAGAUCCGCCGGAGCCUGCUGGGCGAACCGCCCGAGGGGCUGGGGGCCGGGCAGCGGGUGGCCUGUGCCAGCAAUGGUCACGCGCCCGGGAGCAGCGGGCACCUGUCCGGCGCCGACUCGGAGAGCCAGGAGGAGAACACGCAGCUCUGAGCCGACUAGCAGGAGGUGGCCAGGGUGAGGAAACUGAGGCCCAGGACGGGAGUGCCCAGUGCCAGGCCACAGCUAAGUCGAAGACGUCCCAACCUGGAGGCAGGCCUGGCUCGGACCCUCUGGUGGACGCUGCCCCCGCUGCCAGGGCCGGCCGCAGGCAGCCUGGCACUCCAAGGC